AUGGUGCCCCAGAAGGUCGGCUGUCCCUCCCUGAGUGUGGAAUUACCCAGACCCAACAUCACAAGCAACAACUCCAACCCGGAGAAGCACAAGGACUCUGUCCUAUUAACAUGUGAACCUCACACUGAGAACACCAUCUACCUGUGGCUGAUCAACAGUCAGAGCCUCCAGGACAGUGCCAGGCUGGAACUGUCCAAGGACAACAGGACUCUCACUUUGCUGCAUGUCACAAAGAAUGACACAGGACCCUAAGAGUGUGAAACCUGGAAUCCAGUGAGUGUUGGCCACAGUGACCCCUUCACUCCGAAUGUUCUCUAUGGCCCAGGCGCCCCCUCCAUUUUUCCCUCGGACUCCCAUUACCCACCAGGGGCAAACCUCAACCUCUCCUGCCACACGGCCUCUAACCCACCUGCACAGUAUUUUUGGCUUAUCAAUGGGGAGACCCAGCAAGCCACACAGGAGCUCUUUGUUGCCAACAUCACUGUGAGUGAUAAUGAAUCCUAUACCUGCCUCGCCCAUAACCCUGUCACUAGCCUCAGUAGGACCACAGUCAGGACUAUCACAGUGUCUGAGCUCCAGUCCGUGGGGAAGCCCUUCAUCCCAGCCAGGAACACCGCCAUCACAGAACAGAAGGACACCAUGGUGCUGACCUGCCUCACAAAUGACACCAGAAUCUCCAUCUGGUGGUUGUUCAGGGACCAGAGACUCCUGCUCACAGAAAGGACAAAGCUGUCCCGGGAAAACAGCACCCUGAUCAUAGAGCCCUUCAGGAGGGAGGAUGCUGGGAGCUAUCAGUGUGGGGUCUCCAACCCUGUCAGUGCCAGCAAAAGCGACCCCCUCAGGCUGCAUGUGCAAACAGAAAAUAAUUACACAGGCUCCUCUGCAGGGACCAUUGCUGGCAUCAUGAUUGGGGUCCUCCUCCUGGUGGUGCUGGGGACCUCACUGUGGUAUUUCCUGUACCACAGGAGGACUGGGAGGUACAAUGGCAUUUCCUUCACCCUAAUCUUACCCAUCCCAGGCUGA